AUGGAAUUUUUGACUUUUGCUGUUUCCCUUGUUUCCGUUGCCAUCGACGCUGCUGCCGUUUCUGUUUUCCAUUCUACUGCCUCUGCCGUUUCUGGCGUUACUUCCGUAAUGGUGACUGUUGCUGCUGAUGACGGUACGGAUGCGAGUGCAGAGGCAGAUGAAGGCGGUGAUGCUGAUGUUGACGAUGUUGAUGAUGUUGAUGAUGUUGAUGAUGGCGAUGAUGAUGAUGAUGAUGAUGAUGAUGAUGACAAUGAUAAUGAUCGCGAACGGCAACUACAAAAUUCGGAACCAGAAGUUUCAUCAACUUCGCCAUUCAGCGAUACGAUAUCACGGUUGGAAGUUACCCGCCACACUAUUGCAUGA